UCUUUCUUUAUAGUUUAUGCUGUUGGUAUUUAAUUCUCACAAUCCAGCGUUCAUAUAAAGAAUCUUCGUAAUAUCAAAAUAUUUGACCAUGUUAUAUCAGAUACUGUCUUAUUUUUAAAUUAUAAUUUUACUUUUUAUGAAUGACUAAAGUACUAAUUAUCUUCUAGUUCAAUGUAUAAAUGUUGAACUUAUUGCAAAAUAGAAGAGCUAAUUGCAGAUAUUUUUAAGAAAACAUUUUCAGCAAGCAGAGUUGGCAUGAUGACGUAGGUAAAAUGUCUUCUGAAAUGAGGAGCAUCUUUAAUAAUUGAGUUAAAGAUAAGAUAUGAUUAUCCAUUUUUAUAAAGUUUCUGUCCAAAAGACAAACUUGACCUCCAAUCAUAUAAUACUUGUCCAAUAUACCUCUAUAAAUAUAUGUUACCUUAGUGUCACUAAACACAAAUAAUGGAGAACCAACAAAAGCACUUGUUCUUCAACUUAUUUUUUCUUGUAGCACAAGUUGUUCAUGGCUUCAAAAUGGAUGAUCAGGCACGUACGUUAAUGUCGUGGCGUCGAUCGAAAAUGCGUUCUGGGAUGACUAAUUCUGAUGAAGAAAACAACUUGGUGUUUGAUUUUGAUGAAGAACAAGUAGUACAUGUUGGAAAUAUGGAGGAUGAUUUGAUCAAAGGUGGUCUUCCAGGACAGCCGAAAUCAAAUGUGAAGUUUAAUCAAUAUGCAGGUUAUGUUAAUGUUGAUGAAAAGAAUGGGAGAAGCCUUUUCUAUUACUUUGCUGAAUCUUCUUCUGGAAAUGCUUCUACUAAACCACUUAUUCUUUGGCUAAAUGGAGGUCCAGGAUGUUCAUCAUUAGGAUUUGGGGCCAUGCUUGAACUUGGUCCUUUUGGUGUAAAUCCUGAUGGUAAAACUCUUUAUUCCAGAACAUUUGCAUGGAACAAAGUUGCAAAUGUGAUGUUCCUGGAGUCUCCAGCAGGGGUUGGCUUCUCCUAUUCCAACACUAGCUCCGAUUAUGCACUCUCAGGCGAUAAGAGGACUGCUGAAGAUGCAUAUAGGUUUCUAGUGAAUUGGUUCAAGAAGUUUCCACAUUACAAAGGCAGGGAUUUCUACAUCAUGGGAGAAAGCUAUGCAGGAUUCUACGUACCAGAGUUAGCAGAUAUCAUUGUCAAGAGGAACAUGCUACCUAUAACAAACUUAAAGAUUCAACUCAAAGGAAUCAUGAUAGGAAAUGGUAUAAUGAAUGCUGAAACAGAUGAGAAAGGGCAGUUGGAUUAUUUAUGGAGCCAUGCACUAAUCUCAGAUGAGACUCAUCUAGGCCUCCAACAAAACUGCAAAAGCGAUACAGAAACAAAAACAUGCCAACAGCUUGAAAGCACAGCCCAAACUGAGUUUGGAAGGAUAGACCCUUACAACAUCUAUGGUCCUCUUUGUCCCCUUGAUGAUUCAAAGACCUCAUCAUCAACAUCAUCAAGAAGAGUAUUCAAGAAAAAUGGAUAUGAUCCUUGUGGACAACAUUAUGUUAGCGAUUAUCUCAAUCUUCCACAGGUUAAGAAGGCCUUGCAUGCCAACACUAACCUUCCUAACCCUUGGGAGCCUUGCAGCAGUGAUCUGCCUUGGAAGGAUGGUCCAUCAAGUAUGUUUCCAAUAUACAGGAGACUUUUUGCUUCUGGUCUUCGGAUACUUCUUUUCAGUGGAGAUGUGGAUGCAGUAGUUUCAGUGACUGCAACUCGUUAUAGCAUUAGUGCUAUGAACCUUACAAUCAUCAAACCUUGGCAUUUUUGGCUUGAUGAUACAAAAGAAGUAGCUGGAUAUAUGGUGGUGUAUAAUGGAUUGACUUUUGCAACAGUUAGGGGAGCAGGGCAUCAAGUUCCACAGUUUCAACCACGUAGAGCUUUUGCUUUGUUGAAUAUGUUCUUGGCCAAUCAUUUUUAUGGCUUUAGAAUGUGAAGCAAGAAAAUGAAAGUCCCCUCUGUUUUAAGUCUUGUUCUAAUUUUGUGCCACCUAAGUGCCCAACUAUGUGACGCGGGGGAAGUAGAUGUUCUACGUGAAUUUCUCAAGUCUCGACGAGCAAAAACAAGAGUUAUUAACCGCGGCCUAGAGCCUGCUGAAAAGCAGAGAUCAGUGUCCAAAUUCUUAGUGCCACAGGUAGGAUCAAAGGAAGAUGACAAGAUAUCGGCAUUGCCAGGGCAACCAAGUGAGAUCAAUUUUGAUCAAUAUUCAGGAUAUGUGACUGUUGAUGCUAAUGCUGGUAGAGCCUUGUUCUAUUACUUGGCGGAAUCAUCUAAUGACCCUACUACAAAGCCUCUUGUUUUGUGGUUAAAUGGAGGACCUGGUUGCUCUUCAUUCGGGAAUGGAGGGAUGGUGGAACUUGGACCAUUUCGCGUCAAUAAAGACGGGAAAACCUUGUGGCGCAACCCAUUUGCCUGGAACAAUGUGGCAAAUGUCCUCUUUUUAGAAUCGCCCGCUGGUGUUGGAUUCUCUUAUUCUAAUACAUCAUCAGAUUAUACUACUGGAGAUGAAAAGACUAGACAAGACAGUUUCACAUUUCUCGUCAACUGGAUGGAAAGAUUCCCAGAAUAUAAACACCGCGAUUUCUAUGUUGUUGGGGAGAGUUAUGCAGGCCAUUAUGUGCCUCAACUUGCUCAGCUGAUCUUAUCUCACAAGAAAACAAAACCCAACCUUGUCAUUAACUUGCAAGGAAUAGCUACUGGAAAUGCACUCCUGGACGAUGAAGCAAUGACUAGUGGUUCAUACGAUUUUUAUUGGACGCACGCACUGAUAUCAGAUGAAGUCCAUCAAGGAAUUGUCUUGAAUUGCAACUUCUCGGCAGAAGCAUCUACCUCAGUAGCUUGUGAUGAGUACACAAGCGAAGCAGAUUCGUGUCAAGCCAAUAUAUAUGAUUAUAACACAUAUUCCCAACUGUGUAACUCCUCCGCCUAUACUUCCCUUCCUAUUGAUGGAUUUGAUCCAUGCACGCCUGAUUAUGUAGACAAUUACCUAAACACUGCUGAAGUACAAAAGGCACUUAAUGUCAGAGAUAUACCCCAUUCCUGGGAAUCUUGCAGUGGUUACAUACAUGGCUUUUGGCAAGACUCACCAGAUACUGUUCUACCGAUCUUUCAAGAGCUCAUGCAAAGUGGUAUUCGGGUUUGGAUAUAUAGCGGAGAUGUAGAUCAUAUUUUGGCUGUAACAACGAGUAGAUAUGCUAUUGACAAAAUCAAAACACCAAUCAAAACACCAUGGUACCCGUGGUUCUUCCAAGGCGAGGUUGGUGGUUAUGCAGUAGAAUACCAGAAUUUGACAUUCGUGACAGUAAGAGGAGCAGGACAUUUCGUGCCAAGCUAUCAACCUGGCCGUGCAUUGACCAUGUUCUCGUCUUUCAUCAAUGGGACACUCCCUCCUGGUCUCGACUAAACAGAAGAUACAUUGUGAAAACACGAUUGAUGGUUUCAUAUUGAAUAACUUUUGUAGAACUAAUUAGUUAAUUAUUACAUUACUGUUUUUUGGUUUUGUAGUAGAGCAUGAGAGGGCUUAUGGUGCCUUUCUGUACGUAACUUAAAUUUAUAAAAUGUUUAAAUUGGAGUGUU